AUAAGGAAAUUAAAUUAAUUGAUUCAUCAAUUCUCAAACAAAAGAGAUGAACUCCGAUGAAAUCAAAGAGGAGAAUCACUCUCAAUAUGCCAUGCAACUUGCGACCUCGUCCGUACUACCAAUGGUUCUCAAAGCAACAGUUGAGCUGGGCCUUCUUGACAUAAUCGAGAGAGCAGGCCCAGGAGCUCUUCUCUCCCCGGCCCAAAUAGCUUCCGAGCUCCCAACUCACAACCCAGAUGCCCCUAUGCUUCUUGAUCGCCUGCUUUGCCUCCUCUCAUCUCAUUCUGUUCUCGCUUGUUCUCUUUCCCCUGACCAGUCUCGUGAUGGGAAGAUCCUCAGGCUAUAUGGGCUGGCCCCAGUUGCCAUGUACUUCGUUAGAAAUGGUAUUGAUGGAGUUUCACUAGCACCUUUACUAUGCACCAUGCAGGACAAGGCGUAUAUCGAUAUAUGGUACCAUUUGAAAGAUGCGGUUUUGGAAGGAGGUCAUCCAUGUAACAGAGCACAUGGGAUGAAUAUGGUCGAAUACGUGAGGAAGGACAGUAGAUUUGGUGAGCUUUUCCAGUUGUCAAUGAAGGAAUUCAACCCCAUUUUCAUGAAAAGGAUUUUGGAAAUUUAUGAAGGUUUUAAAGGUUUAACUUCAUUAGUUGAUGUGGGUGGUGGUGAUGGCGCCAACCUUAACAUGAUCAUCCCCAAGUACCCUGCUAUCAAGGGUAUCAACUUUGAUUUACCUGCUAUACUAGACAAGUCUUCUUCAUUUCCUGGUAUUGAGCAUUGUUCAGGAGAUAUGUUUGUAAACAUUCCCAAAGGAGAAACCAUUUUCAUGAAGUGGAUAUUGCAUGGUUGGGAUGAUGAGCAUUGCUUGAUAAUACUAAAAAAUUGCUAUGAAGCGUUGCCAGAAUCCGGGAAAGUUAUAGUAGUGGAUAUGGUGAUAUUGGAAGCCCCAGAAACAAGCUUAGCUGCUAGAAGCUUAUAUCAGUUCGAUACGUUCAUGAUGAAUAACAAUAUCACAGGGAAGGAAAGAACAAAAAGAGAAUUUGAAGGCCUAGCAAAAGCAGCAGGGUUUUCUAGCAUUUGUGUGGCUUGUUCUGCUUAUGAUUUUUCCGUUGUUGAACUUUUCAAAUAAGCAUGAAAUUUCAGAUGUUCUUUCUGAUUUCCUGUACCAUUCCACUCAAUAAAACUGUGUACUUCGAAGCA